AUGGACUGCCAGGACAGAUGGCACCGACAGACAGCACCAGAUACGGCAUCCUUCAAGACUGCUGAAAAAUCCGGUGUCACCGUACUGCGACUGUAUCAUCUUUUGUUGUCCGUCACAAGUUGGGCUCUAUAUUUAUUGUCGCCUGGCCUGCUUCCUAGUACCUAUCUACUAACCAUUCAGGACACCAAAACUCCAGUCACUCUUGCUAAAGUCAUCAAGGUUCUUGGAAGAACCGGUUCUAGAGGUGGUGUCACCCAAGUCAGAGUCGAGUUCCUGGACGACACUUCCAGAACCAUUGUCAGAAACGUCAAGGGUCCAGUCAGAGAAAACGACAUCUUGUGCUUGAUGGAGUCCGAGAGAGAGGCUCGUCGUCUGAGAUAA